AAAAAUCCCCCUUUCUGUUAGUUCAUAUUUUGUAUUCAGAUAGUCUACUUUCUAGAGCAGGAAAAAAGGGGUGGGGAGAAAAAAGUCCCCAGGACUGAGUGAGGAAAAAGUACAUGAGACACCACUGCUAAAGCAAGGGAUGAGAGUUCGAACUCUUAGCAAGUUCUCAUAGAAGCAGCUUCUUACUAGCUCUGAAAGACCUCUUCUUCCGAUUUUAUAGGCAAGAGGUUGUUGGUUUACCGGAGCCGGGGGAAGAAAGACCUGACUCGCCCACCCUUUGGCGGAAGACGGCUGGGAGGCUUCUGAACCACCAACAAUAGCAUGAACGACAGGUGCCUUAAUGAUAAAUUCCAGCUGCAGUAGGAAAAGUAACAUCCUAGACAUGGCUUCAGAGAUCCACAUGUCAGACCCUGUGUGCCUCAUCGAGAACAUUAAUGAGCAUCUGAAGGUUAAUCAGGAAGCUUUGGAGAUCCUGUCUGCCAUUAUGCAGCCUGUAGUGGUCGUGGCGAUUGUAGGCCUCUAUCGCACUGGCAAAUCCUACCUGUUGAACAGGCUGUCUGGGAAGAACAAGGGCUUCUCUGUUGCAUCUACGGUGCAGUCUCAUACCAAGGGAAUCUGGAUAUGGUGUGUGCCUCAUCCCAACAGGCCAAAUCACACAUUAGUUCUGCUUGACACUGAAGGCCUGGGAGACGUAGAAAAGGCUGACAACAAGAAUGAUAUCCAUAUCUUUGCACUGGCACUCUUACUGAGCAGCACUUUUGUGUACAAUACCAUGAACAAAAUCGAUCAAGGAGCUAUAGACCUACUGCACAAUGUGACGGAACUGACAGAUCUGCUCAAGGCAAGAACCUCACCUGACCUUGAUGGGGUUGAAGAUGCUGCUGACUCUGAGAGCUUCUUUCCAGACUUGGUGUGGACUCUGAGAGAUUUCUGCUUAGGCCUGGAAAUAGAUGGGCAACUCAUCACAGCAGAUGCAUAUCUGGAGAAUUCACUGAGGCCAAAGCAAGGUAGUGAUCAAAGAGUUCAAAAUUUCAAUUUGCCCCGUCUGUGUAUACAGAAGUUCUUUCCAAAAAAGAAAUGCUUUAUCUUUGACUUACCUGCUCACCAAAAGAAGCUUGCCCAACUUGAAACACUGCCUGAUGAUGAGCUAGAGCCUGAAUUUGUGCAACAAGUGGCAGAAUUCUGUUCCUACAUCUUCAGCCAUUCUAUGACCAAGACUCUUCCAGGUGGCAUCAAAGUCAAUGGAUCUCGUCUGAAGAACUUGGUGCUGACCUAUGUCAAUGGCAUCAGCAGUGGGGAUCUGCCUUGCAUAGAGAACACAGUCCUGGCCUUGGCCCAGAUGGAGAACUCAGCCACAGUGCAAAAGGCCAUUGCUCACUAUGACCAGCAGAUGGGCCAGAAGGUGCAGCUGCCCACGGAAACUCUCCAGGAGCUGCUGGACCUGCACAGGGCCAGUGAGAGGGAGGCCAUUGAAGUCUUCAUUAAAAACUCUUUCAAGGAUGUAGACCAAAGUUUCCAGAAAGAAUUGGAGACUCUACUAGAUGCAAAGCGGAAUGACAUUUGUAAACAGAACUUGGAAGCAUCCUCGGAUCGCUGCUCUGCUUUACUUAAGGAUAUUUUUGGUCCUCUAGAAGAAGCAGUGAAGCAGGGAAUUUAUUCUAAACCAGGAGGCCAUAAUCUCUUCAUUCAGAAAAUGGAAGAGCUGAAGGCAAAGUACUAUCAGGAGCCUAGGAAAGGAAUACAGGCUGAAGAAAUUCUACAGAAAUAUUUAAAGUCCAAGAAGUCUGUGAGUGAUGCAAUAUUACAAGCCGACCAGGCUCUCACGGAGAAGGAAAAAACGAUGAAAGAGGAACAAGUGAAAGCAGAGGCUGCAAAGGCUAACGCAAGAAGGUUGGAGGAGAUUCAAAGACGGAUCCAGCAAAUGAUGCAGGAGCAGGUUAGAGUCCAUCAGGAACAAGUGAGACAAAUGGAGAGAGACAGACAAAAUUGGCUGGCAGAGCUACAGAGGAGGGAGGAACAACGGAUGCAGGAACAAGCUGCACGGCUCAGAGCAACAUUCGAAGCUGAAAACAGAAGACUUCACCAUGAGCUCCAGUAUGUCCAGAGGAAUGUUAUUUGUGACGAUCCAUGUGUCUUACUCUAAAGUGCUAAAUGUGGGAGCUUCCUUUUUUGACUCUUUGUCCAUGAUGACACAACGGAACAAGAAACUACAGAACUUGGGACAAUCGACAUUUAAAUAAACUUUAUAAUUAUUUUUUCAAACUUUCAUAUACAGCUUUAAGAUUAUGAUGCUGGUAUCUGGUAAAAUGUACAUCUCAAUAAUCCUGUAGUUUAAAUGAUUAUUGCUUCCUUUAAGAGAUAAUAAGCUAUAUAAGAGGCAAUGAAUCACUGCCUUCAUUUAUGCUUGAUAUUGGGAUGGUUUCAUCAGGAGAUGCUUUCUCUUGCAUCUCAAUGCCAUCUGUCUAAUUUCUCAUAUUUGUCUCAGGGUAUUUUGUUACCUAGAGCAGAAGUUUCCAACCCUCGGGUCAUAGACUGGUUCCGGUCUGUGGCCUUUUAGGAAUCCUGCCGCACAGCAGGAGGUGAGCAGCAGGUAAGAGAGCAUUGCCACUGUGGGUAACACCCCCCAUGGGCACCGAAGAAGAACUGUCCAGACCCCAGGCGCAACUAGUCCCUGAAGAAUAUCUUAGUUUAUAGUGUUAUUGCUCAGCUGUUUCCUUUAUAUAAUCCUUCAUGUAUAAUCAUAUAUUAGUUUAUAGAAUUAGUGCUUGAAGUGUAACUUACUGCUUACAUAGAGCUAGCAUACUUAGUCCUAUGUAAUUUUUCUAUAUAAUCAUAUAGGUAUUGUAGUUGGAACUGUACUGACACAUUUAGUGCUGAUUUAUAUAAUCCUUCUAUAUAACCAUAUAGUAAGUAGUUUGUAGUAGGAGUAAUGCCUAGAGCAGUCGCAGAACAGAAGCAGUACAUGGGAAAACAGCCAGACCAAGACGAGAACCAAAGAUCCAGGCAGUGGCAUCCCUGCCUGAAAAGGCAUACGCUGUAUGGCAGGCUUGGAGCAAGUGCUUCUCAUCCUGAUUAAGGAGUUGUAGUACCUUGUAUCCAGUUCCUGUGGAAAGUGGGCCUCAGGCCUGAGAUCCUGGAAGUAACCGAGGGAGAGGAACCCCCUCUGGUGUGACCACUCACAGCUGCUGUACAUCCUGUCAGUAUUUUCUCGCUUCUCUGCUAGCUCAAAGAAUCCUCCCAUAAAUAUCUUAAGAACACAAGUCUGUCAGCUCUCAUUAGAAAUCCUUUGAAUUCUCCAGCACCCAGAUAAGAAGUGUUGCACACAACACCUGUUGCACACAGCCCCGUUCUUGCCUCGGUGACCUAACGAGGGUGGACCCCUUUUCUGUACAUGACCCUCUACUUCUGCACACGGCACACCUCUCUGCCCAGGUGACAUAAUGGAGUGGUCCCCUCGCUUGUAACUCACGUGAUUAUGUAUGCCCUAUUAUUAAGCCUGUAGAUGAUGACCUCACUCAUGACCCUGCCCCCUGCUUGUACCUAAUAAAUACAGAUGCUCUGGGGCAUUUGGGGGCCGCCGCUGAUCUCUGCUCACAGGUGGUGUGGCCCCAGAGUCCAAAUGCUCUUCACCUGUUCUUCAGUGUCCUGUCUCUUUACCUCUCGGAUCCUGCACCUCAACACAGCAUAAAGGACACUCCAUGACCCUGUGGGGCCUCCACAGCCCUACAUACUACCUGAGCUCUGCCUCCUGUCAGAUCAGCAGUGGCAUUAGAUCCUCAUAGGAGUGGAAAUCUUAUUAACUUGACCAAAGUCUGGGGACAACUGGGGCAUCACUCCUGCUAAUGGUCAUGCGCUGGGUGCCAUCAGAGGGAAGUAUCAAUGGUAAAGUGGAAACAAUGUGCAGCUUUCAACUGGGUGGAGGCUGCUAUUCUAUGGACAGUGAGGUAAUUCUUUGGCACUGUCAAUAGACAAUCUCUGUAGAGAAAUUCCAAGCUGAAAGCCAAUAAUGUUAUCAUCAAAUAGAGAUUCCUUCAGAGGAUGAAAGGAAUUACCAGCGUGGAAAUUGUGUCAUAAGCUUAAGGGCUAAAGAAGAAGCCUUUUCUUUUUUGUUCACCCUCACCAAGGACAUAAAUAGGACAUUUUAUAACCUGAAACAAUUUAUAUUGGACUUAAUUAUGUAUAAUAUGCUUAUAAUCCUUUAGAUCUUAUAAAUAUGUGGUAUAAGGAAUGUUAUAUAAUAUGCCAAAAAUCUGACUGAGUGCAUUUAAUUUAAUGCUUACUUACAGUCCUAAAGUUAAAUGAUCUUAAUUCUUUGCAAUUAUAUAUGAAAGACGAUUGAUUUUUGUUAAAGUAUAUAUCUUAUAUAAGUAUAUCUAUUUGUACAGAUUUUAACCAUAAAAAUAUUUUGGGAAAACCAUAAA